UCGCCUGCAAUGCUUGUGCAAGGCUUGUGUGGCUGUGCCGGCUGCCGCGCGCGAGUGGCUGCGCUUGCAACGCUCUCCUUCGAUCGAUGCGGUGAGACUGCGCACUUUGAGCUAUCUCAACGUCUGUGUAAGGCAGUGCGCGAGGCAAGAGGCAUUCACCUCGCUCCUCUGCUGCAGGCUCUCCCAAAAACUCGUGAGCAAUUCCAAGCGCCGCUGCACGAACGCGUGGUGAAUAGGCCGCACGCGUGCUCAAAAGGCACUGCAAGUACGGCACAAGACGUCUCGGACGCGCACCCGCGCACGCAAACACUGCUGAGACAAAGCACUGCCGCCAUGAAGGACGACGACGGCGCCAAGUACCCCAUGGUCGCCGUCGACGACGCGCUUUCAAUAGUUCUCGAGCACACGGCCCCGCUGCCGACGGAACACGUCCCGCUGCUGGAGCAUGGGACGGCGCCGGCGCUCCGGCGCUGCCUCGCCGAAAGAAUAGAGGCGGCCGCGCCAUUCCCACAAUUCCGCGCGGCGAUCAGCGACGGCUACUGCUGCGCGGCGACCGGUGCCGAGCAGACGUUAAGUGAUGACGGGGCCAGGCAGCUCGCCGGCACGCGCGCGACGCCGCUCGGCGGAGGCGCGUGCCGCUACAUCACGACGGGCGCUCCUUUACCAGAGGGCGCCGACGCCGUCGCGAAGCAGGAGCACUGCGCUCGGAAUGGUGCUGACGUAUCCUUGCCGGCACUCAAGCCGGGCGCCGACGUCCGAGCCGUAGGCAGCGACUGGGCUUUAGGUGAUGAGCUCUGCUCAGCAUCGACGCCUUUAACUCCGUCAGACGUCGCCAUCAUCGCGGCGGCGGGCCACGAUACAAUCAUAGUAAACAGAAGGCCGCGCGUCCGCGUCUUCUCGAGCGGCGCGGAGCUGCACGUAAGGGGCCCCUUCGACGCCACGCGGCAGAUCAAGGACGCGAACCGCGCGGGACUUAUUGCUUUGCUGAGUGACGGGUCAAGUUUUGGCGGCAACGCGGUCGUCGAGGACGGGGGCGUCCUGCCCGACGACCUCGACGCGUGGAACGAAGCGUUGGGCGACGCCUUGAGAACGUGCGACGUCGUCGUGACGACGGGCGGCGCCAGCGUCGGCCGGGCGGACUUUGCGAAGAAGGCGCUCGAGGGGGCGAGGCGCUCUUCAGUGAGAUUCGGAAGGUUACACAUGAAGCCCGGCAAGCCCACGACCUUUGCUACCUUAGAUUCACGCUCUUUUUUUGAUGAAGUCGAGGGCGAAAAACGAUGGGCCUUCGCGCUGCCGGGCAAUCCUGUCUCUGCGCUGACUACCGCGUCGCUACUCGUCGUGCCCUGCCUGAAGCGCCUCCAGGGCGUGGCGCGGUCAAACUGCGCACCAUGUGAACUCCCGGUGACGCUCUCUGCUCCAGUGUCGUUGGACGCGGUGCGGCCGGAAUUCCACCGCGUCGCGCUGUCGCUGCGGGGCGGUGAUGGGAAUGCCGAGCCGUACCGCGUGCGCCAUUCGGGUGAAAUCGUCGCCGCGUCGACGGGCGUCCAGCGGUCGUCACGGCUGCUCUCGAUGCGCGGCGCGCACGCGCUGGCGUGCCUGCCCGAGCGGGGCCGCGCGCGCCUCGUCGCGCCCGGGGCGACAUCAUCAUUACCGGCGGGGACGACCGUGCCCGGGCUCCUGAUCGCGGCGCCGCCGCCGUUGGUCGCGGGCGCGCCGUUCCUAUCUUCCGCUUCGGGCGUCGAGGCGACGACACCACCACCACCACCACCAAUCGACGGCGUCGUGGUCGCGGUCGCGAUCGUCGGCGGCGAGGAGCCAGCUGAUGCGCGGGCCGCCGCGGCGGCGGCCGGCGCCGACGUCGUCGCGGCCGCGACGGGCCUGCGCGCCGCGACGCGGCCGCCGAUCCGCAGCGCUGACGAGAUCGAGGCCGUCGCCCGGGACGCGGCCGUCGUCGUCGCGUGCGGCGGCCUCGGCCUCGCGCCGCGCGAGCCCCACAUUUCCAAGACGCUCGCGGCGCACCGCCGCGCGCCGGGCCUCGCGCGCGCCAUGGCGCUCGCGUCCGGCGACGCGCUCGAGGCGCCCGCCGCGGCGAUCGUCGGGAACGCGCUGGUCCUCGUCGUGCCCGAGGCGAGCGCCGCGGCGUGCGUCCGGAGCGUAGCAAAGGCGCUGCCGGCGAUCGUAAAUCAGCUCCCGGCGGUCAAGGAGGAGGUAGUAGAACACGCGGGCGGCUGCCAUUGUAAAGCGGUGCGCUUCCGCGUCCGCGCGCCGCGCCACCUCGUGGCGUGGGACUGCAACUGCAGUAUUUGUCACAUGAAGAAGAACACGCACUUCAUUGUUCCGGCCUCCGAUUUCUUCCUGGACGCGGGCGAGGAGAACCUGUCGGAGUACCGCUUCGGUACAGGGGUCGCGCGGCACCGUUUUUGCAAGAUUUGUGGAGUCCAGGCGUUCUACCAUCCCCGAUCCAAUCCGGACGGCGUCGCGAUUACUGUUCACUGUUUGGAUCCGGGGACCGUGUCUUCGGUGGAGGUGCGCAAGUUUGACGGGACGGACUGGGGCGCGUCGUACGCGGCGACAGGGAUCGCGGCUUGUUCCAAGAAGGCUUAAUGUUUUUGUAUUAUA